AUGAGCUUUGUGGAAGCCCACACCGGCGCGGGAAGCAAUCCGCCUCGCCUGUCGGCGCUGUUCCUGGCAAAGUUCGACAAGAAGAUUGGUUACACGGUUGCGUGGAAACGCUCGGCCAUCGAUAUCCCAAUAGUACCGCUCGAUGGCGCUGUGGAAUUCAAGUCACUCCCUUCCGGCCUCCACGCAGUGAAGGACGAUCUCGUGUAUUUCGUGCACGAAGGCCAUGCAGGAUUGAGUGCCUUCUGCAACGCGCCAGCUUCGGCAGCCGAGCGCAAUGCAACCUUCGUAUCAGUCGGCAUACUUGUCCCUCUCAACCAGGGGCGGUUAGGUCGAAGCUGGCUUCACGCUGAAAGACUGCAAAGCUUAGCAAGCGCCUUAGCAAAGGACCCCGAAAAUACAGCUCCUCUUGAGGACUUUUGGAGGGAACAAUCCCAACACACCGAUUCAACAUCCACGCAGUUAAGCCCGGACCAACAAAGGGGCUACAGGAGACGGCGAGCUCUCUCCACGCUCACUGCAGCACUGCCGCCGGAUCAGUCACUGCCAGAGUUUCAUCCUGCCCGUUCCAUUGUGCAUUACGUCGACGUUUUCGGCCCUUUGGUUUUCCGACUCCAGGAAGCGGCUUUGCUCAGAAAGCGUAUUCUUUUUGUUGGCGCGCCGCCUGUUCGAGCGUCGUGCGAGUUUGUAUACAAUCUCUCCAUUCUUGCUAGUCUUCCUAACGCCGCUCGGGAGCAUCUACCUUCGGGUUCAGAUCAUCUGUCACGGUUUCGUGCUUUGUUCUGCCUAGGGACGCAUGACAUACCGCUGAUUGAGAAGCUGCAGAGAGAAGACCAAGGUCAGCACCCGCACUCCAUCGAGUUUCCUUCGCCUGGAUGGGUAUCUUGCAGUACAGACGAGAUCAUGGCAGCAAAACGACAGCUGUACGAUGUCAUUGUGGAAAUACCACACUCUUAUGACGCGCCUCCAGAGCAACGACGUUGGCCAACAAUUCGCACGUCGGACGGCACACAAGUCAAAGCAAGCCAGCGCGACGUGCAGCGUUACAAGCUGCUCCAUCACGAACUUUGGAAGUACCGGCACAACGUGUCUGACGCGACAGGAGAGUCCGGAUUGGAAGACGACACUCGACCCCUUGUGCGGAAGGAUUCCGAGGAGGCCGAAGAGGAGUUCAACGAAACGUACGACGAGAGCGCAGUGGAGCCGAUGACCUGGUCCCGGCUGGCAUAUCUAGGCUUCAUGUGGUGGGCAUCAGCGGGCGAGAGAGACGCAUAUACGACCGAGGAACGGGAAACGGACAGGGAGCUGCUCGGCCACCUGUCCGACUACCAAGACGGCAUUCAUACCGCUGUCAUUGCGGCAUUCCACCGUUGGACGGUGAUCCUGUUCAAACACGUUGCACGGCUCCUGGAUGCGGCCGAGUCGGAGAGGGGAAGCCCGAUCAGCGAGCUCGUCAUCGACCGGGAAGAGCUGAGCAAGAUGGGGCUGGAUACCUGGAGUGAGACGGACAGGGUCUUUAUCCAGGACCUGGUGUGGUUGUACUUUGGCGUGCGGGCCGACGUGCAAGGCGCGGCACUGGAAUGCUGCGGCGUGCGGAUACCCGUUUGCUAACAGGACAAAGUGCUGACGGUGCUGACGGUGCUGACGGUGCAGGGUGGUUGUCUGCUGGUCCCUGGAAACAUUCGCGUUGCAGUGAAAAGAGAAGAGCGUGGUGGUUGUCCUUCUAUCUAUCCAUCUGAUGAU